AGGUACCUACCUAGGUACCUAUUAGGCACACGCCCACAGCCCGUUGCCUACCCAUUCCCUCACACAGGACCUGUGCGCUUAGUUGGCGGCGGGCACACGUAGAGUGGAACUGUUCAAAGGGCUCAAAACCCACUCGCAUAACGAUGCGUCAGAGGACAAGACAGGAAGGGACAUGUCAUGCUCCGGCCCCUAGCUCAGGUCCUUCCAGGCCCUCAGCAUCGUCAAAUUAUCAGUUUGGUCAUGAAGAGAAAGCUUGCCCAAUCCGCAUGUGCAAGUCGCUUCCCACCUUCCGCACGAUUGAAACCCAACAAUGCCAUGGCGGCUGACGCAUCUACCAUCCAACUUCAACUCACUGAACGAGAGCGCCAACUGAGGGACCUUCUCGUUGAUGUUUCUAAAUUCAUCAACAUCAAUGAUCAACUGCCAGAACCACUGGUUUUGCGAUGGGCUGGGGGCUGGGUCCGUGACAAGCUUCUCGGCACUACUAGUCACGAUAUCGAUGUGGCCAUCAAUGUGAUGACUGGCCUCCGUUUCGGCGAGAGGCUGCGAGAAUACUGCGAUGUGCCCGAACUCGCGUCACGACACGGCAUCGAGCCUGACGAUAUUGGUAACCUCCACCGCAUCGCUGCCAACCCCGAGAAAUCCAAAAAUCUCGAGACCACAACAGUAAAGGUCUUUGGACUUGACCUCGACUUCGUCAAUCUUCGCACAGAGACGUACGCCGAAGACAGUCGGAACCCUACCGUAGAUUUCGGCACAGCCGAAGAGGAUGCUCUGCGGCGGGAUGCGACAGUUAACGCCCUGUUCUUCAACCUGCACACCGAGAAGGUCGAAGACUUCACAGGCGGCCUAGGUGAUAUGCGUGACCGGCUCAUCCGCACACCUUUAGAGCCAUUACAGACUUUUAUGGAUGAUCCCCUUCGAGUUCUCAGACUAGUUCGUUUUGCCAGUCGGCUCGGUUUUGCCAUCGACCCAGCUGCAAGAGACGUCAUGGCCGACCCAAACGUCUUGGCUGCCCUGCGCAUCAAGAUCAGCAGGGAGCGAGUGGGUGUAGAGUUGGAGAAGAUGAUGAAGGACCAUGACCCCCAUCGCGCUCUUCAGCUCAUUGACGAAUUGGGCCUCCACCAUGCUAUCUACACGGACACUGCUCGUGCUGAUAUCCCUCAUCCAAUCUUGUCCAAAUGGCACAUUGCGUAUGGGCUCCUGAGGCUUCUCGAGCGCAGCAAAGCACCGGGAUCCAUACACGACGUCCUAGUUCGUACGGACGAGGAUGUAUAUUAUUCGUGGAUGUUAGCUUCACUCGUGCCCUAUGCGCAUCUGAACGACCCCCGUGCCGAUGCUCUUACCAAAGGUAGGCCAUCUUUACCAGUUGCAACCACAGUUGCGCGUGAGGGCGCAAAAGCACCCAACAAACUCUGCGAUGUGAUUACGGCGGCGCACCGUAACCAUUCUGAGAUCCUUGGUCUCAAGAAAGACGUAUGCGCUGGGCGUGAGAUUGGAAGUCAAAGAGAUACACUUGGCAUGACCAUCCGAAAAUGGGAAGGUCGCGAGUUGCACUGGAAGCUGCAGGUCCUCAGCACUAUACUCCUCGACGCCAUGGAUCACCUGUCAGACUUCGAUAUCAACAAUGUGUCGAGAGGAUGUCAUGACUUGCUAUCUGGGUGGCAGACGUUUCUUGAUCACCUGACUGACGAGGGCUUGAUGGACGUGACAUCAAUUAAGCGACUUGUGGAUGGCAAAUCCUUAGGCAAGCAUCUUGGUCUGAAACCAGGGAAGUGGAUGGGAGCUGCUUUGGAAGUAUGCCUGGCGUGGCAAUUGCGACAUCCCGAAGCUACGGAUCCCACAGGCGCCAUUGAGGAGGUACGGAGGAGAAAGCACGAGCUGCAGAUAGACGGAUUGUCAUAAAGUCGCCGGUAACCUGACCACAUUCAAACUCGCCUUGAGCC